UCAUAAUCAUCUUUUAAUACGACAAAAAGGAGUGUUUUAAUUGUAUUAUACAGAAAAUAAAACCGUGGAAAGAAGAUACAGACAUAGAGCUACCAUAAAUUCAGGACUGAGAAAACGGAGGAAAGCUGAGGCAAAGACAUAAAUAAUCCCCACACCACAUUGUGACCUCAUGUGUCACGCAACGUCAGUGAGUAAACCUCUUGACAGGAGUCAAGUUUAUGUUGUUUUUAUGUAGACGCCGAGUGAAACUAAAUCGAUUGUCAUGUGAUCGSCCUUAAGCUUCACUGAACGGAUCCUGAACUAAUUCAUUUUAGCUUAAUAUAUGUGAAAUUUCAACGGUGACAAGUUCCUAUCUCACGAAGACACACAUAGGUAAGCCACGAAACAAAAGUCAAAAAUGCUUCUACCAGAAACAAAGGUUCGUCGUGGCUCGAUGAUAUGGCCAAUUCUCACGCUCAUUUUCUUCGUCAUUGCUGCUGUCAUGACUUCGCUAUUUGUAUGGGUUGUGCUGAAACCAGAAAACCAAGAGAAAGUAAGAGAUGCUCCAACUACUUUGCCGAAUAUUGACGUCCCUUGCCCUCGACACCCGCCAUUGUUUCGACUUCCMACUCCAUUCCCAACACGAAUCAAAAAGGCAUUGAACAGCAUCAAUACUCAUCUUGUCGAUCUUGUAGAGAGUCCAGAAGUAACAGGAAACUUGUCAGCAAUGUCUAUCAAAAUUGUCUACCUAAAUACAUCCAUUUUUACCGGGAAUUAUGGAAGCAAGGUGUUCAAAGGGUCUCUACCCCCUGAUGAUAACACAAGAUAUCGCAUCGGAAGCGUGACAAAAAUCUUUCCGGUGCUUUUGCUCUAUAAAUUAUACGAAGAUGGAAUUAUARAGUCACUCRAUGACCCUCUUGAAAAAUAUGCUCCYACWUUUUCCAUCAAGAAUCCGUUUGGCGACAAAACUAACGAUAAUAUUACACUCCGGCAAAUUGCAAGUCAAAUGUCGGGGYUACCACGAGAAGCACCAUGCGGAUACCGGUGCAAAAACACAACAACAAGGGAACAACUGGCCUUGCUCCAGUCUCAAUAUCUUGUAGUUAAACCAUACACAAUCCCUUCGUACAGCAACCUUGGUUACGCAUUGCUAGGGCGACUUUUGACUCAGAACCUUCUUAAUACAACAUUCGAAGCGUGGGUCAAGGAGAAUAUUCUUGUUCCACUUGGAAUGAAAAAUACUGGUAUUGAGAUAACAAAGGCUGUMAAGAAGGACAUGGCUUUGCCUUAYUUUCCCAAUGGUACCGUGAUGCCCUUYAUGGAUUUGGGAUGGGCUGGUCCAGCUGGUGAUAUGUACUCAACGACAACUGACCUCAUGAAACUCGCCAAAAUCUUUCUUUAUCCAGAAGAACAAUCGAUAUUCAAACCAGAAACACUUCGYGAGAUGUUGCUUCCUGAUUUUAUCACUAACGAUGGGUUUUGGCUGUGGGGUUCGCCGUUUGAAAUGCGCUUUACCAACCACUUCCUUGCCCGUCAAAAAGGCGGCAACGUUGAAACUUACAACGCAGUAUUCUCCGUUAUACCUGAACUUAAGCUGGCGUUGAGUGUAUUAGUAAAUAACGCCCCUGUUCUGAAAAACAAAGGCUAUACCUGCUUCAAAGUAGCCGAUUUUGUACAUGCAACGUUGAUUCCACCUCUAAACGAAACGUUAUACGAAAUGAAGAGAGGUGCAUCGUUUCCUGUGCCUGCAAAACCGUUCCUUGGAAGAUUUCAAGUGUCUCAGACUAGUAUGCUGACGGGAAAGACAGGGGUUAUUAAUGCUACAAUUGUUGAAGACCAGAAUGUCUUGAAGGUGGUUCCAGAAAUUCCGAUACUCAGAGAGCUUGGUUUUCUUCUGAUAUACUUUGGUAAUCCGUUAGUGUUUCAGGGAUUCUCAAAUCAGGCUGCACAUGGUACUCCRUGUGUGACCUCCCACUUUGGUAUGUAUGGCACUAUUGAGUUUGAACCCCCCGGACGUGAUGGCCUAUCAUGGCGAUUCAGUUCCAAAUCGGUAAAAGUUAAGGGGGUCCGCCUCAGUGAGAAAGAGAGUAUUUCAACUAAGGUAGACAAACCAGAAAAUCUAGAUGAAAUGUUUUACAAUAUCCUGUCAUAGGAAAAUGCUGAAUUGAUAUUCAAGAAUAUUAAAGCUAAWUGAAGUUUACCCACACUCUCUUUUUGAGCUCAGUAUCAAAAGCUCAGUAGUGUUUCUGAUAGGAUAGGUGAUUGUGGCAAGCAAAUGUGCCAUCACCUAUACUUUUUUUUCUGAUUUUCACCUUUGCCCAACCUAAAAUUUAACCUCUUGUUAUGAUAACUCACUUCUUUGGAGAUAAAACAUACUUUAGUUCUGUUCAUUAAAAAAAGAUGUAAAGUUCAAUUUGAGUCCUUUCAAGUGGAAGACAAGCUUGUCGUCAUAUAAUGUAAAAACAAAAAUAUAGCUCGCAAUAAACAUAUAAUGUAAUACUAUAGAGUACAAGAGCUUGUUAUGUCUUUGGACCAAGACAAUUACUUGAAAAUAAUUUGAUAAAAAAUGUUUUACAAUAUCA